UUGGUGGACAACUUCCAAAAACAAUAUGAAGCUAUUCAAAUUCCUUAUCCUAAGGAUAAUCUUGGUGGUCAAAUAGAAUCACAGAUUAAAGAAACUAAAACUGAAAUAGAAGCUUUCAAGAAAGGCUCUGAAACACGUAUUGUUGAUUAUCAAAAAAAGAUUAGUCACCUCAGCUCACUACUGCCAUAUGGCCAAAUGACUAUGGAAGAUUAUCGUGAUGCAUUCCCCGAAUCAGCCUUAGAUCCCAUUAAUCGUCCUACUUUCUGGCCACACAACCCAGAAGAACAAUUGGAUUAUCAAUCUAAGGAACAAGAAGGUGCAGGUCAUUAAAUUCGAUGCAGUGUGACUUUAGAAAACAUGCAUAACGAUGCAAUAUAAAAUCUGAUUACAAAUGUGUUUACAACUUAAUUGAAAUUAUUAAAAACUAUUUCAAAUUGA